AUGGCUGGCUUUGUGACUGCAAACAGAUGGGCAACUGGAGUAGAAACUCAUAAAACUUCGGAAGGAAGAAUAUUAUGCACAGGGGUUGGAUGUGUUGGAUGUUUCCCUGAAGUCUUUUCAUCAGAAGCUAGUGAACUUGGCGUCUGCGAUGUUGACUUGACGAGUGGUAUUUUAGGUCUCCGACCUUUCUUGGACGAAGAAAAUUCCCGAGAAAGCUUGUACCUGAAUCCAAAGAACUUUUCGAGGAGGCAAAAGAAAUUGAGAACAAGGAGAAAGAGACAGAAAAGAAAAAUAGAUGUCAAGUACGGGUUGUCUGACAAAGGACAAGAUUCACAAGCUGGGAAACAGGAAUUUUCUUUGGACAAACCGCAAAAUAGUUCAUCUGUUGCUACUCAAACGGAAUUGUCCGACAUGGGAAUUGAGGCAGAGACUUUAACAUUAGAAGUCGUGAAGACGGGAUCCGAACAAAAUUUGCCUUCGUUUAAAAAUGAUAGGAAGGUAGACGAAGAAGGAAUCCCGGGUGCUAAUGAAAAGCAAAAUAAAGUUAAUUCCGCCUUUGUCGAGGUUGACGACAACGUAAACAAAACACAGAGGAAUUCAGAAAGUUUGUUUGACCAGCAAUCAUCGCGCUCAAGACUUGGGAAAAUUUUAGAUAAAAUGUAUAUUGUAAGCAAGAAAGAAAUUGCCCUAAGCUCAUGCGAUAAUUUAAUUAACGAAGGUGACUGCAAUAGCGAUCCGAUAUUGCAAGAUGCUAGUUCUUUUGGAGAAGACGCCGUGUGCUUCUUUUUUGCGCUCGAGUACUACAAUAGUCAACGAAUUUUACCGCACUUUAGGGUUAUGGAGAUCAUUGAUGCGUUGAGUACAGUUGUUGCUUUGAAGGACAUCAAGUGUGUUCAAAGAAUUUCUGGGCGAUGGCAGAUCGUUUUAAAAAGCCGGAAGUACAAUAAGCUUCUGAGAAACUGUGGUUUAAAGCUGAGGGGUCGUGUUUAUGAACUUGUUGAUGAUGUUGAUUGUUAUUUUGACGUUGUUCACUGA